AUGGCUGAUGAAUUGACCACAUCGACUCCAGUUGUGUGGAGAUCUGCGAUCUCCGACUCCUUCAAAGGCCUUACAUAUAAUACGUAUAACUGUCUCGAGCAUCUUAAUCGACUGGAUGUCUGUAAAGCAGAGGGUACCACGGUGACCCAACCGCAAGCGUCGGCCCCAAAUCAGCAAACCACGUUAACUUUCGGCCAGCCUUCAAGCUCAGCACCGGCUUUUGGUCAACCUUCUGCACCAUCAGCAUUCAGCAGACCUUCAGUGCCUUCAUUUGGCCAACCGUCUGCACCUACUUCGACAUUUGGCCAGCCUUCGGCUCGGAGCCCUCUCGGAGCCCCACAACAACAACCCAACGCCUUGGAAAAACCAUCGGGACCUGGUUUCCUCCAGCAGCCAUCAGCAGCAGCAAAAAAUCCCUUCGGUCAGCCAUUGGCUCCCGCACAAACCCCCACAUUUGGACAACCAUCAGCUCUGUCACAACAGAGCGCGUUUGGAAGACCCUCGACACUGAAUCCCUCGCCUGCCUUUGGCCAGCCGGCGACAUCUGGAGCUAUUACCGGAUUCUCACAGACCUCAAUUGCACCUCCGAAUCCGUUUGGUCAGCCUACUGCGCCUUUGGCCACGGCAGUAAACCGGGCAAAUGUCAGAUCCACAAGUGGACAAGGAACGAAUGGUGUCCAAGUCCAGAAGGAUUCCCAGGACAAGAUAACGAGUUGGAAAGGCAUGCCUGUAAGAUACUUCGAUGACGAGCUGUGCUACAAGGGCGAUGAUGGUAGCUGGCAGGGAGUAUAG